AUGGAUGAAAGCGAAAGGGCGAUGGAAAUAGAAGCUCUCUCCGCCAUCUUCAUAGAAGGAGAGGAGCUACAGAUAAUCAGCGAAAACGAAGUAGUGAUAACAUGCGACCCAAGAUCGCAAGAUGGAUCUCACGGAUGCUCAAUGAAGCUCAAGUUUGUGCUCCCGGAGGGCUAUCCAGCCGAAGAAUCUCCAUCCUACGAAAUCGUAGACGAGCUCGGAAUCACCUACGAAGACAAGGAAAGAAUAUUAGCAGUGAUAGAAGAGGUCAUAGAGCAGAAUCGAGGCAUGCCCAUGCUCUAUCCGAUCGUAGAGGCUGUCAACGAACAACUCGCGACGUGUGCUACGAACGCUGAAAACGGCGAAUCGGAAAGUGACAACGUGGACGGGGAAGUUGAAGACGGGGAAAAUGGCGAUGAGACGAACCAGCGCGACGGUAUGGACACAGGCCUCUUCCUCAAGCAACUGUGCAACGAACAGGACCGGGUGACGAAAGAAAUAUUCGACGAGUGGAGUAAAACCUUUAGACUGAAUAUGAUCAAGAAGGGCAUAUGGCGCGAUAUUGACGCAGGACGCAACAAGGGACAAAUGACCGGGAGGGAAAUAUUCGAGUCCAAAUCAGUCGUUAUCGAUGUCGAUGGUAUGGUGCACAUUCAAAACUGUCAUUGGCGCUCAGAAAACGAAAAUGUGUUCUGGAACGACGAGGCACUCUAUGAGGGAGAUUGCGAUGAGGACGCACUAGAAUAA